AUGUCGGCUACAUCCAUGACACCCGCCUCCUGGGACUCGCUCCCCAAUGAAAUAAAACUCGCAAUCGCUGGCUCCCUCGCUGGCCAGGAUCUAGAAUCGCUCUCGAAAGUAGAUCAACGGACUUACCAGGUCUGCGUCCCCGCAAAGUUCAGAGUCGUCAAACUUGCUACAUUUCAAGCGUUCGAACGCUUCUUGGAGACAGUUCCUCCGAGCUACUUCACGCAUAUCGAAGAACUCGACUUAUCCGCCGAGGAUGAACCCAACGCGCCCAACAUUCCUCUCCGUACACGAACUGAAGCCUUCAUCAGCCUAUUGGCCGCCACCCCACGACUCACCACCCUUACGUUGCGCCUCAAGGGUUCUCUCGACGAGAGUAUCAUUGCACCCUUCCCCCACCUGAAAAAUCUUCGAAAGGUGACCAUUUCGAAUACGGGAGAUGAGCGAGAAGCACCCUUGAGUGAACGUCUCGUUGUUUCCCUUGCAGCAUCUCUUCCCCAGUUGGAGGAAUUGUAUCUGGAAAACAUUUCCCGCUCGAAAGUCCACGCAAACGACCUUGAAGGGAAUCCCGACAUCCCUGUCGUGUAUGGGGACGAACUGAUCCCCGACCACCCUCUCCUGGGAUCCGAACUCGCUCUCCCUUCCCUUCUCAGAAUCCCGACCCUUAGAAAGCUCUCCAUCCGUGACACCCAUCUCGGUGACGAGCGCUGGAUCACUACGCCUGUGGCCUGUCGGCUUGAAGUCCUCGACUUGGGCAGUUACGUCUAUACGGACGAGGACUUCAACUCUUCCUGCACCCAACGCAUCAUGGCCGCCGUUGGACCCUCCGUGGAUGAGUUCUCUCUGUCUACGGUGGUGUCGGACAGCCUUCGCUUUGCCGAACCAGCCGAAACCCCCCUUCGCCGCCUUCGAAAGCUCCACAUCUCACCAUUCUUCCCCGUCGACAGCGUCGUUGACACCGUUUCAAACCUUGCUGGUUCACCAAUCGAAACCCUAUCUCUACAAUGCUUCGAGGAUGAUGUCGUUGACGUCUGCUCGGCGUUGGAAGGCUUCCUCACACUCAAGGUUGAGCGCGGCCCUCAAUUCUUUGACAAACUUCAGAGGAUUGACGUCACUGUCGCCGCCAACCCAGAUGACUGUGACGAACAUGCAGACGACAUCGAUGACGAGGAGCGGUCAGAGCGGAUUGCCGCUGCUGAACGUUUGCAGAGUUUGUGUAGGGAUCUUCAGUUGGCUAGCGUGGUGGACAAGUUGUCCAAGGUUGAAGACAAGCUCGGGAAGCCUGCUCUCAGCACCACGCCGAGGAGGCCCGUCCGAUCCAUGACGCUCUAA